CACUCGAACUCGACGCGGAGACGGAACUAUUCCGUACAACGCGGGUACAGAGUAGAGAGGUCAGAGACUCAGACGAAGGGAAAGUGAGGAGGAAGGGAGGCGAUUUUGCGGGCGCCGGUGGUGGAGGAGGAAGCAGUCCUGCGCGGCGGCUGUGAGAAUUAGAGUAAUCUGGACUGAUAAAGCACUCUGGCAAGAUGGGCGACAAUCUGAUGGAUAAAGUCAACGCCCUUGGUGAGCGGCUCAAGAUAGGCAGUGCAGAAGUUAGCCGCAAGAUGUCAGUUGGCGUCAGCAACAUGAGUUUCAAGAUGAAGGAGUUCUUCCAGGGCCAGAACAUGGCGGACAAGAUUGUUGAUGAAGCCACGUUGGAGACCAUGGACACCCCUGAUUGGGCUACCAACCUUGAGAUAUGCGACAUGGUGAACACUGACAGGGUCAACAGCAUUGAAGUCAUCCGGGCCGUCAAGAGAAGAAUUAUGUUGAAGAAUCCACGCGUGCAGUAUCUAUCUCUCGUCCUGCUUGAGACCAUUGUUAAGAACUGCGACAAGGCUUUCUCUGAGAUUGCUGCUGAGCGGGUGCUGGAUGAGAUGGUCAAGCUGAUUGAUGAUCCACAGACUAUAGUUAACAACAGAAACAAGGCUCUUAUGCUUAUUGAAGCAUGGGGAGAAUCUGGAGAUGACCUCCGCUACCUUCCAGUGUAUGAAGAAACGUACAAGAGCUUAAGAUCUAGAGGAAUUCGCUUUCCUGGGCGUGAUGAUGAGAGCCUAGCACCAAUAUUUACUCCUCCCCGUUCAGUACCUGCGGCUGAACCAUAUUCUGAGGUAGCACAAGAAGGAUAUCAGGAAAUUCCAGAUGAGAAUUUUGCUCCUGCUCCAACUCGCACUUCCCCUGCUGUGCAAGUAAAUGAGGCUUUUGAGGUGGCUCGUAAUAGUGUCGAGCUUCUUUGCACAGUGUUAUCUUCCUCUCCUCAAAAAGAGGUUUUACAGGAUGAAUUGGCAACCACUCUCGUUCAACAAUGCCAACAAUGUCAGUACACGAUCCAGAGGAUCAUCGAGACGGCUGGUGAUAAUGAGGCUCAACUUUUUGAGGCAUUGAGCAUUCACGAGGAACUGCAGAAGGUCCUGUCCAAGUAUGAAAAGCUCAAGGAGCCUGUCUGUGUUGAGCUAGAGCCCGAGCCAGCGAUGAUUCCAGUUACCGUGGAGCCCGAGGAAUCCCCCCGCACUGUGAGCAAAGAAGACGCCCAUGUAAGGAAACCAGGAGGUUCUGGAGAUCAGUCCAGUCGGGAUGACCUGCUGCAGGAUCUAGAUGACAUGAUAUUUGGUAAGAAAGGUGCUACAUCCUCUCAUCAGGACACAACUCCCAGAAAGGAUAACAAGGACGAUUUCAUCAGCUUCUAACUGCUAGAUAUAUAAUAAACCUGUAACCAGUUCUGAGAUUCUGCCUUUCCAUCUGUUAGUUGUUGCUGAUAUGUGGCGUGUGCGUCUUUAUCAGUUUUUUUUGGGUUUGUUACUGGGACAUGAGUUGCUUGCUGUGUACAUAAAUGGAUGUAGCGGUUUGUGUAAUGUAACUGAUUGGGAGAUAUGGCACAUGAGUUUCCAUACUGGAUUCAGAAGCUAUGCAUUAGACAUAUAUCUUAGAUAUGCUUGCUUGGUGGAUGA